AUGGAAGGAGAAGCAUUCAACCUUAGCUCUCAUCUUCAACAACGAAGGCUCUCACACUUUUCCGCUCAACGAUGUCAAUUUUCGGCAGAAGAUGAUUCUGAAUGUGAACCCUGUUGUGGCGACAAAACCCUUGUUUUGGCAAAUUGUGCAAAAAUAGAAUCA